AUGGCCGAAUCAGCAUCCAAGCGCGUCAAGACCACGGGCAACGGUCCUCUCAUUGGCACCCACAAUGGCCACUUCCACGCUGACGAGGCCCUCGCCGUCCACAUGCUCCGCCGUCUUCCCGCCUACCGCGAUGCCUCUCUUGUCCGUACCCGCGACCUCGCCGUCCUGGCUACCUGCCACACUGUUGUCGACGUUGGCGGCGAGUACGACGCUGAGAAGCGCCGUUUCGAUCAUCAUCAGCGCGGCUUCACAACCACCUUUCCCGGCCGCCGUACAAAGCUCUCCAGCGCCGGUCUUGUCUUCCUGCACUUUGGCCGCGCCAUCGUUGCUGAGCGCCUUGGACAACCCGAGGACUCUGCCGACGUUGAAUUGAUCUACAAGAAACUGUACGAGAACUUCGUUGAAGCCCUCGACGCCCACGACAAUGGCAUUUCUGUUUUCGACCCUGCUGCUGUCGCCGCUGCAGGUCUCGAGAAACGCUUUAGCGAGGGCGCCUUUGGCCUUGGUGCCAUGGUCGGACGUCUGAACCCCAAGUGGAACGACCCUACACCAUCUGAUCCCGCUGAGGCUCAGGCAGCUGAGGAUGCCAAAUUCAACGAGGCCAGCAACCGCAUUGGCGAGGAGUUCGACAGAGAUCUUGACGGCUACGCCGGUUCUUGGCUCCCUGCCCGCACCAUUGUCCAGGAAGCCUUCACCAAGCGCACGCAAUACGACGAGCAGGGCCGUCUGCUUGUCCUCGAGGGUCAGUCUGUGCCCUGGAAGGAUCAUCUUUAUGCUCUCGAGGACGGUACUCCUUCGGUGCUCUACGUUCUGUACGCUGAGAAGCCUGAGCCUGGCGCCAAGUGGCGCAUCCAGUGCGUUCCUGAGAGCAAGGACUCCUUCGUCAGCCGAAAGCCCUUGCCCGAGGCAUGGAGAGGAUUCCGCGACGCUGAGCUAGAUGGCAUAAGUGGCAUUCCUGGCUGCGUCUUUGUCCAUGCAGCUGGCUUCAUCGGUGGUAACAAGACUUUCGAGGGCGCCAAGCAAAUGGCGCUCAAGGCUCUGGAUGCUUAA